AUGUCUAAAUAUUGCUUACAUGGUAGAAAUCAGUAUACCGCGUAUAAAUUAGGUCUUUUAAAUACCACAGUUCAACGAGUAUGGUUAAUACCUGGGUUUUAUACUUUAAAUUGGUGGAAUAGUACAGAUACACAUUGCAAACCUGAGGAAUUAAGAAAAGCUAUCAAUUACGUUAUCCUAACUGAUACUCUUAAUUUAAGACAAGAUGCGAAGAAAUCAAUUGCUGGCAUGACUGGAUCAGAAUACGAGAAAAAACUAAAGAAAUAUCCUCCAACCUCCCUUUACUACUUAAGCAGUUACCAUCCUUUUGGCUACGACACAGCUUGGGCUGUAGCAUUAGCAUUAAAUAAGACUCUAAAUAUACUAAAAAGUAACCCGACAAAAUAUAAGAAUCGCCUACUGGAAGAUUUCAACUAUAAUGAUACUGAAAUGAAAGAUAUUUUAUUAAGAGAAAUGUUUGCUCUGAAUUUUGAGGGAGUUUCGGGAGCUGUAAAAUUUGAUAAAUACGGUGACAGAUCCGGUACCUUAACCGUUCUUCAACGUGUCAAUGGGACUAGAAAUUUUGUUGGAAUAUACGAUGGCAUAAAAGAAGUUUUAGAGAUGAGAGGUCGAUUUUUUUGGAGAGAUGGCCGUAUUCCUAGCGAUGGCUCCAAAAAUGCAACUAUUGUAAAUUUACUCGUAGUUGAUUUUUCACUCUGUAUGGUUAUGGUAGCACUAUCUGCUAUUGGUAUUGGUAUCAGCGUGGUUUUCUUUUAUGCCAAUCAUAAAUAUCGCAACACGCCAAUCAUGAAAAUGUCAUCGGCUAAAUUGAAUGUUUUCAUUUGCAUCGGAGCCACGCUAAUGUACUUGUCAAUAAUAUUUUAUGCAAUCUAUCAAGGCAUUAAAUAUUCUAUGCCACAGUAUGUUCCAGUCAUGUGCGAAGUAAGCAGUAAUGUUAUUAUUUUAGACAGAUUAAUUAAUCUAAUUAAUCAUCAAAGUGCUAUCUCAAUAGAUAAAAAGUCAUUGUCGUUAUGGAAAUGGUUCUUACCCGUUGGCUUUACGCUAGCAUUUGGAGCUAUCUUCAGUAAAACUUUCCGGAUUUAUAUUAUUUAUGCUAGCGUACAAGGAAAGCCACGUCGUCGGAAAUUAUUAGAUAAAAGUUUAUUCCAGCUUGUUGGGCUUUUGGUCUUCAUCGAUAUUAUCAUUCUUAGUUUAUGGUCUGGGAUAGAUCCGUUGCGUUCUGAAGUGCAAGUGAUUGAUUCCAGGAUUUCUCCGGAUGAUCCUGAUACUAGAAUCGAUAAACGCAUGACUACGUGUACAUCACCGUAUAUGAUUUAUUGGAUGCUAAUAUUAGGAACAGAGAAGGCUGUCUUCCUUCUAUUUGGUGCUGUUGUGGCUUAUGGUACACGUAAUGUUAGCAUUAAGGAAUUAAACGAUUCCAAAUUAAUUACUAUCGUCGUGUAUAAUUUUAUCCUAAUUGCAAUCGUUACUGGGCCUCUGCGAUUUGCUCUACACACUAUGACUCCUACUGGCUAUUUUGCUGCAGAUGCAAUACUUAUCUGGUUAUGUAUUACCACUAUGUUAUGUAUUAUUUUCAUACCAAAAUUGCAGAAGGUUAAUAAAGUUAAUAGUCAAGAUGUCAUGAAAAGCAUAGGUACAUUACCAAACUCAAUCGAUAGAUCUACUGGUAAUUAUAAUCGAGCAAACAGUGCUAGUGGAUCGGUUGAUAGUAUCAUCGACAAAAAGAAUCGUAGAGAGUAA